AUGAGCAACGUGUACAUUCUUCCGCGCAAUUUUGCAGCGACUACCGAAAUUCCAGUAACAUUACAAGGACAAAGGCCAAUAAGAAUGAUUAGAACAGGAGCAGUUGGUGGGAGGAUUUUGAAUGACCGACGCUCUGUCCGACUUCAUGGAAUGGUCCCUAAGAAUACAGAUACUUCACGACGUGUUUAUUUGGCACCAGUGAUUGCAGCACCCGGACAGAGUCCGUUGACUCAUUAUCAGGUAGUUGAAGAUUGAAAGUUAAACUUGCAUCCCUUUGGAAUUAAUCUUAAAGUAUAGCAAUAGUUGGAUUGGUAAGAUCGAGUUUCCGGGGAUUCCGUAAUGGAUUGAACCUCAACAGAUCGAGCUGGACAGGAUUUUAAUCCAUUUAAAUCUAGGGAUCCCUGUAGUCCUUUUAUGCUCUCAACUCUGAUUCCAG